CACCGUUCCCACGCCAACUUUUCACCUCCGUGAACCUGCGAAUGGAUGUGCGCUUCACUAAUGACAAGGACUUCAAGAGCUGAACCUCCUUGGCUGCCUUAAUAACUCCGAGAGCGCUGGUUUGUGCUCGCAGUCAGUUACAGAGUUCGCUCCUCUCGGAUGUUUUCUGCUUGGUGAUUUGUGUCCGGUUUAUGUUUGCUCAACGGGACUAGUGUUCGCGAACGAUGAGGCUGCUCUGCUGGAGCGUUCUGCUGUUCAUCCAAUGGAUUCUGAGAAAGGUGCACGGCUUGGAGAAACAGGUGGGCAAAUCUCUGGAUUACCUGGAGCAAGGACCAUCCGGCACAGUCUUCAAGAGCCUCCCAUACGGCGUUCCCGCUCCGUCAGGCGGCGUCAAACCUCCACAGCAGACCUCCAGGAUAUUCUCCACGCUGGACCACACGCCCUCGAAGCCCAAACCACCCACCUUCAGCUUCCAGAACCCCUACGAAUGGAUGCGAAACCAGUCGCAGCUCCUGGACCAAACGGGCUACCGUCCCAAACGCAAGCCCUCCCUCAAAACCUCCAUGAAGACUAAAAAGAUCUUCGGCUGGGGCGACUUCUACUUCAACGUCAAGACGCUCAAGUUCAGCCUUCUGGUGACGGGAAUACAUUGUAUGGAAUGGAGACGAAAACCAGCUCAGAUCUGGUCUCUAAUGGUCUGA